CCCGCCUCCCCCCGGCUCUGCCCCCUCCCGCCCCGCGCCAUCUCGGCCCCGACUCGGCAACCGCUCUCCGGCCGCCCGUGCCCGCCCCGCGGCUCAGCAUGGCUCGGCAGCCCGCGGGCUUUCUUCAGGAGGCCUCUCACCAAAUCGCCGCCGGAGGCUCGGCGGGUCUUGUAGAAAUUUGCCUGAUGCAUCCCCUUGAUGUAGUGAAAACAAGGUUCCAAAUUCAAAGAGGGAAAACUGAUCCGACCAGUUACAAGAGCCUGGGGGACUGUUUUAGGACUAUUUUCCAGAGAGAAGGAUUGCUUGGCUUCUACAAGGGAAUACUCCCUCCCAUCUUAGCUGAGACACCCAAAAGGGCAGUGAAGUUUUUCACCUUUGAACAAUACAAGAAGCUAUUAGCAUAUGCAUCAUUACCACCAGGACUGGCAUUUGCAGUUGCUGGCUUGGGAUCUGGAUUAACAGAGGCAGUUGUGGUUAACCCCUUUGAAGUAGUAAAGGUUACCUUACAGACCAAUCGGAAUGCCUUCACAGAGCAACCAUCUAGCUUUGUUCAAGCUCAGCAGAUCAUUAAAACCAAUGGUUUGGGCCUCCAAGGACUCAACAAAGGUCUUACUGCAACACUGGGCCGUCAUGGAGUUUUUAACAUGGUUUACUUUGGAUUCUACUUCAACGUGAAAAACAUUCUUCCAGUCAAUAAAGAUCCAAAUUUGGAGUUUUUAAGGAAAUUUGGAAUUGGGCUAGUCUCAGGAACAAUAGCCUCAAUUAUUAACAUUCCUUUUGAUGUUGCAAAAAGUAGGAUUCAAGGACCACAGCCAGUUCCUGGAGAGAUCAAGUACAGAACCUGUUUUAAAACUAUGGCAACAGUCUAUAAAGAGGAAGGAUUUCUGGCUCUGUACAAAGGCUUGGUUCCCAAGAUCAUGAGACUUGGUCCAGGUGGCGCAGUGAUGCUUUUGGUUUAUGAAUACGUUUAUGCAUGGCUUCAGGACACAAUUGACUCCAAGUAGUGCUUCUGAAAAAUAUGAAGAUUAAUUAAUAAAAUGUCUUGUCCUGGCUUUAAAAAAUUAUCCCAAUUAAGAUGAAGACAAGAUAAUUCAAGCAACUCAUACAAGCUGAGGAACUGUUCUUCUAUCUUCCAAAACACAAUAAUGCCUCAUGGGAAUCUCUGAUAAGAAGACAUAUCCCAGAAAUUUCCUUGUUGCACUGAAAAAUAUGGAAAAAUUUUAACAUAGGUGCACUUCAUUCCAGGUUUGUGAAUCCUUGGAGCUCAAAAAUCUGUGCUUUGGAAGGCUGCUUGUCUUUUAUCUUUUUAUCACUUUUUCUUUAGAUGUAUAUUGUCUGUGUUGCAUGGGUAACAAUAGGUAGACUUUAUCAAUAAUUCCAUUGUCCAGGAAAGAAAAGGUUGAAAGCUAAAAUUCUAUUGUCAACUAAAUCGGUUAUUGGCUCAUGAUCUUUUCCUUUUUUUUUUUUUGUCUUUAAGUCCUAUUUUAUUUUUAGUGAAGAGACAGUCUACAGUUAAACCAAUUUCUUUUUCAUGGUGUUAAGGCUGCAUAAACUUUUAUCUUAUUUCAACUUGUAAAAACAGAAUAGGAUCAGUCACCUUACUAAUAGUAUGGCAGUGUGGAAAUAUACUUGUGUGCAAAUUUCAUUGCAAGUAGUGGUUUCCAGCAAACAGUCUUUUAAAAAGUGUUCUACUGAAUAGCAAUGGCUUAAGCAUCUCACUAAAGCUAACCAGCUGUAGAAUUCCUUUCCUGUACUGAGGCCUGAGAGUAUGGGAUCACAUUCAAGAUCAGAUCUUUCUUUCCUUUUGGCCAUAAUACAAUACCUGUGUUCUUUACAGAAAUACUGUUCAGUUGACUAUUUUUUAAAGCAAAAAGCAAGGAUGGCUGCAAUAAGUGGAUUCCACCUGUAUUUCAGUGGAUUUACUGUACACAACAUUUGUACUGAUUACUUCUAUUGUUAGGAAAAUUUGCCCACUGUUGUCUAGUGAUGAAACCUGGAAAUCUACAAAGAGAGGAAUGUAUUUUAAGAGAGGACUGUAGUUUACCUUACCACUGAAUGAAUGUUUAAUAUUGUAUGUAGAUAGAGCAAUAUUUGAAGAAUGACGUUUUCUCCUUUGUUUUAACCAUCUUUGCUGUAAUUCAAGCUAUUGCACAACAUUUAUAAAAAUACACAAUAUAUUAACAUUCUAUGAAGGAUAUGACAUCUCACACCAAUCUUAAUAUUUUUUUCCAUGUUCAUAUUCUGAACAUACCUACAGCAUGUGGAAAGCAUUCUGGAAUAAUAUUCAGAACUUUAUUAUUGCCCAAGGAAAACAGGUAAAUUUUCGAAGAUCAGAAUGUUAGCUCUCUUGGGAUAGAAGUUAAGAAGGUUUAAAGCAAGGUAACUGGGACAGAGUACUUGCCACUGGAUACAGAAAUCUAGAAAGGGAACUUGUUAAUAUUAAAUAAUAUCUGUGUUUGUAGCACCACCACCAUUAUACCUACAAGGGAAAAAAAAUGAUUCAGAACAACAUUGUAAACUUUACCAAGAGCCAUAUUUUACAAUCAUUAAAGCAGAAAUUAAAGACAACUUCUUAAAUUAAAAAAAAAAAAAAAAAAAAAAAAAAACCAUAAUCCUGGGGCCAAAAA